AUGAAAGCGUAUCUUAAUUUACUAACUGUCACAAAAAAUGUAGACUUCCCUUUAAAAGAUAAUAUACACACAGAAAUAAAUAAAGAAGCAUCUGCUAUGAUAGCAUUUUUUAAGAAGGAAGUGAAAAAACACAAAACAGUUCAAAAAGAUCUGGAUCUUGUAUAUGUACUGGACCAGAAUGAUUACCAAAUACCUAUGCAGUAUUCAGAAAAACAAGCUAAAACUAAAUGGGAGGCAUUUGCUGCUAAAAAAGGAAUUAAAAAGAAAAAGGGAUCUUUAGUGUACGAUGAAGAGUUAAAAAAAUACAUACCACGAUUUGGUCCGUACAGUAAAAAAAAUUUACUGUUGAAAUCAGCUGUUUUAGAAGGAGAAAAGUCAUUUAACGAAUUGAAAAAGGAGAAAAAAGAAAGAAUAAAAGUUAAUAUUAAAAAUCAGAGAGCAAAUAAAAAACGUAAAUAA